AUGCCACCUCCGAAGUCGUCACGGACUGCGGCCGACGAUCACAAGACGGACACCACUGGUGGUCCCAAAGAGAAGGGGAGCGGACCAGCCUCAGCCAAGAUGCGUCGUGGGGCCAGCCAGUCCAGUGCAUCACAACUGCGAGAAGCACAUGCAGCAAAUACCCCUACUUCGGCACCCUUGCAAAGUGCUUCGGAAGCACAGGCACCAACGAUCAAUUGGUCUUCUUUCGAACGCGAUGCCCUCCACACCUACCGCCGCGAACAUCAACUAAACACGCCGGCUUCGUUCGCCAGCAAGUACCACCAAUUGCUGCUCUCGCGAUCGGGCAGCAUCGGCCUCUACUCCCCAACCAUGACUCGGAAGCAACAAACGCGACGGCAGAGCAAAGACAACUUGGCAAAAGCUGUGAGAAAGCACUUUAACGGCCUUGGCAUCCAAGAAAACGACGUAGUAGUCGACUUCAUAUACAAAAUUCGAAACGAAAAGAUGGCCAGGGCGGGGGGUCCGAAUAGACAACCUGGUAUCAUCUCAGAACAUUGA